UCGAGCGAAAGAAACUUCAAUUACCCGUGCAGCUGAAAGGGCUAAGCCAUAACUGCACCCAGAACUGUAGCACGGAUUGCGAAAGAUUACACAGAAUUCGGUGGAGUAUAAAAGCAGUGCAGUCGGCAGCAACGGAAGUUAGUAAGCGGAAGCAAUGGUCAAUUAUUCACAGCACUUGAAGCUGCUGCUGCUGCUGCUGCUGUGCGCGCUGGCACUUGGGCUGGCCCAAGAGCAGCCGGCGCAGCAACAGCAGCUGGAGGCGCUGCAUCGCAACAAGCGUACGUUGACCACAAUUUGUGUGGAGAUCAAGCCCAGCGGACCGCAGGAGGAGCCCUAUUUCAUGUGCAAGGGCACCGACUUCUCACGUGGCGACGAUCAGCCGCAGAUGCAACAACCCAUGCAAAGCUAUCAGCAGCCAGAGCAACAAGCGGCGCCAAAUAAUCCACAAUAUGCUCAGACGCCGUUUCCAUCGUUUCCCAGCUUUGGGGCUGGGUUUUAUCCGAUCGGGCCCAACUAUGAAGAGUCCACGCCGAAGGCGACGCCAGCGACGUCAUAUUCUGAACCCCAUGCCGCCAAUUUUGGAUCCACUGCUGCUGCCUAUGCAUCUGCGCCUGCUCCGCAAUCAUAUGGCAUGGCAGCAGUACCUUACCCAGGUGCAGGCAGCGCAGCAGCAGCUGCACGCGGAAAUGCAGCAGGCGCACGCCCAGCGGCCACGGCCACUGCAUAUGCUGAUGCAGCAGCUCAGAAAAUACCAUCAGCUGCACAGGGAGCGCCGUUACCAAAAUCGCAGCCUUCUAGCGGCCAAGCGAGCAAUAGCAAUGGCCAUGGCAAUGCCUAUGACUCACUAGUCGACGGCAGGCGCUAUCAUGCCGGACUGGGUGAGGAUGUGCUGGCUGUGCCCGAUGUGGGCUUUCGACCGGAGGAGCUCAACUUGCAGUACAGGCGACCCACUGCUGGCAUGGACUCGAUGGUGGGCAUUGCACCGCCACUGGUGUGGAUGCCACUGAUGCAGACGCAGCUGCAGCAGCCGACCGUUGCAACACAGCCGCCUCCCUAUUACGAUGAUCCGAUCAUGCGCACCUUCUAUGCCAGCUUGGACCAGAAUGAGCCGCUGACGGCGCCUGCACAGCCUGCAGCGCCUGCGGAGCUGCCAGUUGGUCAAACAUGUCCAGGAUAUUUGCCAGCCUAUGCACCAGCACAAAUCCAGCCGGCGGGGCAGCCCAAUUACAAUGGCAAUUCGAAGAGUGGCUCCGUUGUGCCCUACGGCCAGGCCUCGACUGUGGACAGCAAUGUUUGCAAUUCUUGUCCGUGUCCGACGCCUUCGGACUCCACGGCUAGCUUCAAUACGCCUGCUCCGUGCCCCAGCUUGCAGCCUGUGAUUAUAGCCAUGCCCUGCUAUGGCCAGCAGCAGCCGACGCAUUACUUGGCUGUGCCUGGCUCAGGGCCUGCCUCUGCGGCACGUGACUCAAUGGUGGGCAAUCCCUUUGGGGCACCAUUCGGCUUGGCGGGACAAAUGGGUUCGCCAUACGGCAUGAAUCAACAGGUAGCGCCACAUUUUGGCUUGGCAUCGCCUCAUGUGGGGUCUGCCUUUGGAAUGGGCUCGCAUGCUGGACCGGCUUAUGGCAUCGGAGCUCCUGAGGUUGGCGCCUCUUUCGGCAUGUCUCCACAAGUGGGUGCACCAUUUGGCAUAGCGCCAGUUCUGAAUCCCUUUGGUCCGUUCGGCAGUCUGAAUCGAUUUAAUCCUUUUAAUAGAAUUCUAGGAGAUCCAGUGCCAACGACUCACCAGCCCACCAGACUGCGCCUGUUCGGUGCACCCGACGUGAGUGCAACGUCAACGACAACAGCGACAACAGCAGCGCUGCCCAAUGUCUUUACCCAGAACUUGUCCAGCAGCUCCACAAAAGCGCCAACUACUAAGGACAGCUUGCAGCCAACUGAAUCAACUGUUGGUGCCACCCCUGAAUCGGAUGAACAGAAAAAAGUUGAAGCUGACCACGGCGAAGGCGAAGGCGAAAGCGAGGAGGACGACGAUGAAGAUGAGCACGAAAACACCGAAGCGCCAAAGUCAUCUUCUCAGGCCGACGAUGACGAGGAUUCGGACUCAGCUCUCAAUGCCGAACAACUGAUCAAGAAAGGAGAGGAAAAACUGAAGGCCGACAACAAGCGCAAGCGUCAAAAUGCACGCUACAGCAACAAUAGUUCCCAGAAGCGCAAAUAUCUUCACCGAUUGUAGAUCUUAACUAGUAUAAGUUUUUACACUGUGCAAAAAAAAACUAAACAACAAUAA